GAAUUUUGUAGUGAGGUGAAUAACUCACAGAUGGCGCUGCAUGUACGAAAACUAAAAUUUAAUUCCCUGUUUGCUCGCAGCAGGAGUAAACGAAGCGAUUGUAAUCAUAUGGGUAGCGCCGCCGUCACCUGUCAAUCCGUGUCAUUCGCGUAGGUCAGUCCGUCGCCGAUUUUUUUUUGUGUUUUCCGUGCGUUUUACGUGUGCGCCCGCUGAUUAUGCAGCGCUGAUACACUUAAUACUCAGCCCUCAGGUUGUGUGCGAAUGAGUGUUGCGUAUCUUGUGCAGUUUUUUUGCUCGCCGCGCUCGAUUUAAUUAUCGCCAAGUGGGCCACACGGUAAUCUCGGGGGCGGUCGAAGCUGCCACCCGUUUGUAAGCAAGAGCAAAGUGUGCACUACCCCACCGGAGGAUUCUACAUGAGUGGACGUCGAUCCUCAUCGCCGUCAUUCACACCGAGCGCAGCGCAAACCAGCAAUAAAUGGAAGCGGAAAACAUUUACGGAUACAAUCCGUCGAUAGCCUUCGGUUUCAAUGAUGAACCCAUUAGUAAACUACGACUCAAAGUCAUCCGUGGUCAGCAGUUGGCGAAAAAAGAUAUUUUUGGUGCUAGUGAUCCGUAUGUUCGGAUUGAUUUGAACAAUGUUAGCAAUGAAACCGUCGACUCGGUGCUCACGAAAACGAAGAAAAAGACGUUGAAUCCCAAGUGGAAUGAGGAAUUUAUAUUUAGCGUAAAACCAACGGAGCAUAAGUUAUUACUGCAAGUUUUCGACGAGAAUCGCCUCACUCGCGAUGAUUUCCUCGGCAUGGUUGAACUCCCACUCUCAACGCUGCCGCAGGAACAGGACGGCAGGACGAUCAAUCCGGUUAAGUACAUCCUACGCCCUCGGAGCGGUACUGUACGCAGCGGUUACAGCGCCAGGUCGAGGGUGCGCGGCACGCUGGAGAUUUACCACGCGUACCUGAAGGACAACCCGCCACCGGUGCAGCCACAAGCGUCGACGGAAAGCGCCGACUCAGCGGCGGGCGCUGCGGGCAGUGGUGAACCCGACUGGGAGAUUGUCGACGGCGGAGGCGGCGGUGGUGGUGGAGGGGCUGUAGGCGUGGACGUGGAUUCAGGUAUUCCAUUGCCCGCUGGUUGGGAGGAGCGGCAGGACGCCAACGGGCGCACGUACUAUGUGAAUCAUAAUGCGCGCACCACGCAUUGGGAACGACCGACCUUCAAUGGGAAUGUUGCCGACAAUCAGGAACAGCAGCAGCAGCAGCGCGUAGACGAGACGGCACAGUUUGAUCGGCGUUUUCAUAUUAGCGCCGAUGAGGAGCAGCCGAGGCCUACGAGCGAUUCUUCAAACAACACCAGUCAGGCGACGAGCCCGCGCAACAAGCAGUCGGACUCGGGCGAUAUUACACCGCACUCGUCCGAAACGCCACCGCCGACCAUUUUGGAGUCGACGACCACGCAGGAUGAAGACGGACCGAAUGGCUCGGAUGAGAAUCGGAAUCAGUCACAAAAUGGCGCUGCGGUUGGUUUAGAUGUGGUUGGUAUAACGAAUCGGCUGAGUAUUCUAUCGCAGCGCUCUGUCGGCGAAUCGGAGUACCACGGUUCGAACGAGAGUGAAGACGAUCGCAGCUCGCACGACGAAGGCGAUUCCGAUUACGAGCGACGCCGACAAGUGCGUUGUCUACGCCAAGUGUUUGGGCCAUCCGUGGCGCGUGUGGUCGCUGAAGACGAGGAGGCGGCCGACGCCGGCGAUGAGACGGAAGAUACGACCGAUACAACAUCGUCGUCGAACACGUCGCGGCGCGAUUCGACGAUAUCAACGAGUAGCAACGUAAGCGCUGCGGGCGGCGGCACCGCCGGCGUCAAUCUGCAGGCGCUCGGCGAGGGCUUGCCGCCCGGCUGGACCGUCCAGAUGGCACCGAAUGGCCGUCUCUUCUUUAUAGACCACAACGACCGUACUACAUCCUGGGUGGAUCCACGUACGGGACGUGCUAGUCCCAUGCCGAAUCAACCCACAGUCCCCGUGGCUAAUCGUAAACCUGACGAUGAUCUUGGACCACUUCCCGAGGGUUGGGAGGAGCGUGUGCACUCUGACGGACGGAUAUUCUUCAUUGAUCACAAUACAAGGACAACACAAUGGGAAGAUCCUCGGUUAUCCAAUCCGAGCAUAGCAGGACCUGCAAUUCCCUACUCACGUGACUAUAAACGUAAAUAUGAGUAUAUGAAAACACAACUUCGGAAACCCACGAAUGUCCCCAAUAAAUUCGAGAUUAAAGUACGGCGUUCUUCCAUUCUGGAAGACUCUUACCGCGUGAUCAGCACCGUAUCGAAGAUAGACCUGUUGAAAACCAAACUCUGGGUGGAAUUUGAGGGUGAGAUUGGUUUGGAUUAUGGUGGAUUAGCGCGUGAAUGGUUUUUCUUGCUCUCCAAAGAAAUGUUCAAUCCGUAUUACGGAUUGUUUGAAUAUUCCGCAAUGGAUAAUUACACCCUACAAAUAAACCCGUUUUCUGGCAUGUGCAACGAAGAGCACCUCAAUUACUUCAAAUUUAUCGGUCGGAUAGCCGGCAUGGCGGUGUAUCACGGUAAACUAUUAGACGCGUUCUUCAUUCGCCCGUUUUACAAAAUGAUGCUGGCGAAGGCGAUUGACUUGAAGGACAUGGAAUCCGUUGAUAGCGAAUAUUACAAAUCGUUGUUAUGGAUCAAGGAGAAUGAUCCCUCCGACUUGGAUCUGACGUUUUCCGUGGAUGAAGACACUUUUGGUACUACUACGGUGCAUGAAUUGAUUGCAGAUGGCGCUAAUGUGCCGUUAGAUAACACAAACAAAGAUGAAUAUAUUUCUUGUGUCAUCAAAUGGAGAUUUGUCUACCGUGUCCAAGAUCAAAUGAACGCCUUCCUGGAGGGUUUCGGUGAGCUUGUACCGCUGAAUAUAAUGAAAAUCUUCGACGAACACGAACUGGAACUGCUCAUGUGCGGUAUACAAAACAUUGACGUGAAGGAUUGGAAAACAAAUACGUUGUACAAAGGCGAUUAUCACGCCAAUCAUAUUGUUAUCCAAUGGUUCUGGCGCGUUGUACUCUCGUUUACGAAUGAAAUGCGCGCGCGUUUAUUACAAUUCGUCACUGGUACAUCGCGAGUACCCAUGAAUGGGUUCAAAGAGUUGUAUGGUAGUAAUGGGCCGCAGUUAUUCACCAUCGAGAAGUGGGGUACACCGCAAAACUAUCCUAGGGCUCAUACUUGUUUUAAUCGCUUAGACCUGCCGCCCUAUGACAGUUAUCAGCAUCUGCGUGAGAAAUUAAUAAAAGCCAUCGAAGGGUCGCAGGGCUUUGCCGGCGUGGACUAAGUGCGCGCGCGCGAAUAGAUUCUGUCCAUUUUUGCGUAGGUAUAUGCUCUUUUUACAUACCGUCUACAAUUCGCGCGUGCGCCAAGGCAGGCAAAACGCCACCGUCGUUUCUUGUGAUAAAAAACUAUAUCUGAGGGCUUCUCCGUUAGGAUCACUAGAACAGUUCACGCGCUAGAAGGUUUUUCCUCUUUGUUUUUUCUUUCACCGUUUUAUCGUACGCGACGUCAUAACCUAUAUUUUAUAUUAUUUAAAAACGGUAGCUUUAAAUCAAGUCAUUUAAGUGUUUUUUUUGCAUCGCCGCUUGGAAAGUGUGUACAUACAUUGAAUACGCGAGUGAGGUUAGGUGAGGUGAGGAGGAUUUUCGAACUUCUUGUACAUAGAUUUUAUUUUUACCGACUCUUUACAUUAGUGAUCUACUAGUGCAUUUUAUUCAACUUAACUUAAUAAUUUCGGAUCGAUACACGCCGGUACACGAUGAUAAUAAUUACUCACGCGUGCGAGCGAAUGCAAGAUGGCGGGGCGGAAACGAAAACGAUUGAUAAAUAAAUGCCUUAUUAUUUAUAAGCCAUAUAUUGUUAAGUGAUAGGCGUACGUGUAGAGCGUUGUUAUUCUAGCUCACGAUCGAUCUGCAUCGCGCGCUGCAUUUUGAGAUUGUUGCAUUCCUAUGUCCCUCACGCAUCACGAUGCCGGCGACACCUACGCGUGUUUUCGAGUAUUAAUCCUGUGUAUUAACAAAUCAAAACGUAAACCCGACUGCAUCCGAGCGAGCGAGAUUGGAGGCAAGUGAAAAAACAAAAACUUUUAUUAUUCUUAUGAAAUUAUGACAUAAACAUAGCUAGGAUUUACGCUGAAUGCAUUAUAUAUUGUAAAAAUAUCUACUUAUUACUCGUAAGAAUGAUUAAUUAUUGUUAAUUAUUACAUUGUAUGAUAAUGUU